AUGUCUCCGUUCCGCGCGGUUUUGCACAACCACGAGCAUGAGCUCACCAAGAGGCAGGGACAUUUCAUUUUGUGGCAUCGAUAUUUCGUUGCGACCUACGAGACAGCUCUGAGAGAGGAGUGCGGCUAUGAAGGAGGCCAACCAUACUGGGACUGGUCUCUCGACGCAUCGUUGACCAACAACGACAGCACUGCUAUCUAUGAGACAGCCAUCUUUGAUCCUACGUACGGAUUUGGAGGAAAUGGACCCUACGUCAAUGCAACUGCGGAGCAGAACCCGCUCAACAUCACCGGUCAUACUGGAGGCGGCUGUGUCAUGACUGGUCCCUUCACUUACCCUGGGUUCAAGAUCAACGUCCCAUCCACUGGGUGCCUCAAGCGCGACUUCACGCCAUGGAUCAUGAACUUCUUUGCUCAGCAGGCCUUGGUUGAUCACGUUCUUGGUCAACCAGACUAUACCAGUUUCGCGUUCGCUAUUGAGAACGUACCGACAUUUGACCAACCCAAUAUUCAUGGAAGUGGCCACUUUGGCGUGGGAGGUGUUUUGGGCACCAUUGGAGACGCUUAUAACUCACCAGGAGACCCUCUAUUCUACUUGCAUCACGGUAAUCUGGAUCGAAUCUUAUGGGAGUGGCAGUCCAAGGACUUGGAAGUUCGACUGAAUCAAGUUGGCGGACCCAUCACUCCUUUUGAUUGUGGGGGCACGAAUGUGACUUUGGAUUUCGAGGUCAAUAUAGGGGCUCUUGCUGGCAAUGCUUCUCUCCAUGAUCUUCUCAACCCAGUGGGAAAGACUUUGUGUUAUACUUACUAG